GCAACUUCGGAGAUCUUCAUGCCUUAGCCUUUGGGGCGUCGCUCGAGCCGGCGACCAAUGCAACGGGGCGAGCGGUACGGUGCCGGCCUGGCCCUGUCCCCGGACGAUGGUGUUUGGCGAGGGUUGGGCCAGUAGCGAAUAUCGUCUUCGGCCACCCGCCUUCCACGCCAAUUCUGGCUGGCGGGCGGGCAAACGAGGCUGUCGGUGCUUGGUGGCGGCAAGCACAUUCAGAUGCGGAUAACCCGCGGACGAAGCCGAGACAGCGACACGACAAGGGAUUCAACGUGUAUAAGUGCUGGCGUUGAGGCAAGGCCCAGGAGGAGUUGUUUGCUAGUUCACUGCUUCCCAAGUGCCAGCAGGCGCCCGAAGACGCCAUUCCCACACGUGCGACGGCAUGCAUCAACUUUCGUGUGGACAGAUGCAGUGAAUCAAGGGACUAGGCCAACACAGGUUUCGCCCACGAGAAUGUCGUUUUUGGGGAGAGCCACGCGAAGGACUGCUCUGGCGAGUCUUGAUGCCCGGCUGAACCUCAAGCCCUGGUCACAGUCAUUGCAUGCUGCUUGCUGGCCUAGACUGACUAUUACUUCCAACCAUAGGCGGCCACCGAGGCAGCGUAUUUCCACAGCACUCACUGGGAAUGACGAAAGCAACCUCAGUCUCCUCCGCUGACGGUGAUUUUGUCAUCACGACUACCACGAGGAGGAUAUUGGAAUAUU